AUGUCCUUCUGCAGGGACUGGCCUCUCCUGGCGACGUGUGCCGCCACCCUCGCCUCGACGGAGCGCUCUGGCCGCCCUUCUCCCGAGACGGCUCUUUCGGUGUGGUGCUGGCGCUCCACGGUGCUUUCCAUGUUCUCUCCCAGCAUCGCCUCCAAAAGCCUCGGCUCUUCCUCCGUCUCCCCAUCCAGUGUGCAGCUGCCCCUGGUGCAGCGGCAGGCCCCAGCCUGCCGUGCGCUGCUGUCCCUGUGCACAUGGACUCGCCCUCCCCACCGGUGGUCUCUGCCCAUAGGGCUUCAUCUCGGGGGUCCUUCAGACGCGCCCGUGCUGUACAGCCACGGGUGCCAGCCAGAUCCCUCUCAACGACUGACGGACAACGAGGGUGCAGGCCCCAAGUCCACGUUCCCUACUGAGCACAGACGCUAUGAUUUCCGAUCAAUUCCAGUGUACCACUUGGGGGCAGCAGCGGCCUUCUGCAGACACGGCCGGAGGCUCCUGGACCAGGUCCAGGCUUUCGCCGGGGCUUCAGCCGGAUCCCUGGUCGCCAGCGUGCUGCUCACCGCGCCCGGGAAAAUAGAGGUCCUGCUGGCCAGCAGCUUCGUGCCCCUGUACGCCGGACUCAGGCCCGUGGAGUACAACGGGCAGACCUGGGUGGACGGCGCCCUCACCAACAGCCUCCCCAUCCUGCCCGUGGGCCGCACCGUGACCAUCUCGCCCUUCAGUGGACGCAAGGACGUCACCCCACAGGACCGAGGACCGCCAGACCUGUAUAUCACCAUCGCCAAGCAGGACAUAAGGUUGUCCAUGGCCAACCUCAUGCGGCUCCGCCAUGCGCUUUUCCCGCCCGACAAGGUGAGGCUGCAGGUCCUGCAGCAGCAUGGCUUCGAGGAUGCCGUCAGGUUUUUGCGAAGAGAACACUGGUUUGAAUAAGACACCCCCCUCCCCCCAGGCCACCAGCCCCAAGGGCAUUCCGGACCUAGUGGGACAGGGCUUUCAAAAGAAAUGCCUUCUUCGUGAGCAUCGGAAAGCAGGUACUGUGCCUG